CCCCGCCCCUUCACACCAUCACAGCCCACCCCACCGCGCCGCCUUCUCCCAGCUCCACCACAGCGGCGGCUCCCUCUGCGCGGAGUCAACAAGUCAAGCCUUUCUCAAGCUCAGAACAGGCAGGACGCCCGGCGCCGGCGGCCAGAUCACACGCGUCCCAGCUCGGACAAGCCUCGCCUUCUGGUGAUAGCCAAUAGCCAGGCCAGGCGCGUCUCGGUGCGGAAGCAGACGAGGAGCUAGCUCAAGGAGUGAAGCCACAGCCGGUCGGCGUCCUACUAUGAGGAACGGCAGCACCGUGUGCGACGCGGCGGCGGCGCUGGGCGUGGCCCCGCGGUACAGGGGGGUGAGGAAGCGGCCGUGGGGCCGGUUCGCGGCGGAGAUCCGGGACCCAGCCAAGCGGGCGCGGGUCUGGCUCGGCACCUACGACUCCGCCGAGGCCGCCGCCCGCGCCUACGACGUCGCCGCGCGCACCCUCCGCGGCCCGCUCGCCACCACCAACUUCCCCCAGGACCUCGUCUCCUUCCCCACCCUCCCCGCGCUCCCGCGUCCGUCUCGACCGGCUUCCCCCGGCCCCGCCUGCAGCGCCAGCUCCACCGUCGAGUCCUACAGCGGGCCCAGGGCGACGAACGGGCCCCGGGCCGUGCCACGCGCGCCGGCGCCGGCGCCUGUGCUGGCGAAGCGACCAGACGGCGACGCUGGCUGCCAGAGCGACUGCGCCUCCUCGGCCUCCGUCGUGGACGACGGCGGCGACGAGGCCGCCUCGGCCGCCGUCCGGCCUCGCGCGCCCUUCGUGUUCGACCUCAACCUCCCUCCGCCGUCGGACGAGCUGUGCACCGAGCUGCGGCUCUUCUAGGAGGGAUCCACCGGACCCGGAUCGCCGGACGAGCUGUGCACCAAAGCUAGCGACUUUUUUUAUUUUUCUUCCAUUCUUUUUCCUCCUGAUUAGAUUAGACAGAUGAUGUGUGCAAGAGUUGAUUGUACCACCACCACUACUAUUCUUUACGCGAUAAGAAUUGCGGUUGAUUGAUCGA